CUUCUCCUUCUGCUUCUCCCUCCUCUUCUCCUUCCUCUUCUCCUCCUCCUCCUCCUCCUUCCCCCCCCUCCAAGUAGAUCCUCCACUCCAACCUGACCCGCCCAUAUACACCUUCUCCACUUUUGACUCGGCCAUGCUCUGCCAUACGAGAGCACUGUCAAGGACAGCUCUUACUUCCGAUCGACUCGCCCUACUUGAGACUCAAGUUAGAUAUCUAUCGUCUUGGGGGUCACGGUUCAAGUCUUCUACUAUGCAACUAUGCCAUCGGCAACGAAACACAAUUGGCGAACGGCAAUAGCUAGACCUCGAGGCAUACCAGCAUGCCCUUCUCAGGUGCUCCGGGAUGCCUGUCUGCCUGCCCUCGACACCAUUCAUUAUCAUAGCCAAACCUCGUCCUUCGGUCUCUUCGCCCGCUUUUUGCUUGCACCCGCCACCCAGCAGCCGGAUCCCAAUGCUGCAUGUACUUCGACAACGUAGAAUGCCGCCAAUGCCGAUUGAGGAUUCGUUAUAUCUAGUGUGGCACUCGCCAACGGAUUAUUAUUCUGAUAAAUUCGUGGAUUCCCAGCCCAUAGCCAGGUAUCCAUGUCUAUACCCCGCCGGCUACCUAUGUUGCCUUGAACCAUCUGCGAGAGAAGGGCGUGGGUCUCGGAGUUGCCCCGAACCGUCAGCAUGGAGCACUAGUAGUAGUCUACUAGUCGGUUGGACAUAAUCGUCAGAGGAUACUCGGCAUCGGAACAGAGACUAGCGAGCAGUCCUCGAAGUUGACCAUGUCUACUUCUCGUGCUGACACCAAAGGCUAGGCAUUAGAGCAUACGAAGGUCACUUCAGCUCAAGCAAUCCAAUUCUGACUAAGAACCAAGUAAACCCUGGUAAAGAAGUGGUCAAGCUACCGUAACACGCACUCAUGUCUCCCAUGCAACAGGAUGCAGCCCCCCCCCCCCCCCCCCC